AGCAGCAGUUUAAAUUUAAAAAACUAAAGAAAAAUAUUGGACGUGCUUAAAGUAUUUGAUAUACAUAUACUUAUAAGUAUAAGGUAUGUAUAACGUGAACAUCAGCCGCUCACUCCUUAUUCCUUUGGACGUGUGUCAACACGAUCGUACCUCUGCCGCCGUCGCCGUCGUUCUGAGAUGAUCGAUCGGACACGUACGUGACAGCUGUCUAUUGUCUAUUGUAUUCUUUUUGUCUGAUGAAAACGAAUAAGUAUUCGGUUUCAUGCACGAGACCGAUGGCGCACGUCGAUAUUCGGGAUCAUUGAAUAUAUACAUAUACAUAUACAUAUAUACAUAUAUGUAUCUACAUAAGAUGUGGAAUAAGUAUACAUGUAUAUGGAAAAUGGCAUCGUGCGCCAGCGCGGCGAUCCUUUUAAAUUAGAUAUUCUUUUUCCUCUGUGUCUUUUUAUUCUGUCUCUUUUGUAUCGAUCAUAACUUUGUAAUGACUAUUCGAAUCCACACGUUGGUAGCGCGCAGCGCAGCGGUAGCACGGAUAGCAUAUACCCUCUUCCAAUGCUACUGUUUCCUAAUAAAAAUAUUAAAAAUUGAUUACGCAAUAAAAUUAACACGAUAAUUCGAUUACUCGCAUCUUGCAUCGUCACGUACGCUCGCUUUUCUCAUACAUGUGUCAAAUGUGGGUGUCGCGUGUCGUAGUAUAGUAUUCGUGACAAUCGUGACGAUUGACGAUACUUUGCUAAGGAGCGAAAGAAGAAUAUGUAUCCACAUUUUUGGGGGAAACACGUUUUAAAUUUUCAAUAAUUCUCGCUGCAAUUAAAAGGUUUCAUUUAAUUCAUUAUUCUUCCUUGAAUUUAAUUUAAAUAAUCGCUAUCAUAUGUCCGUAUAAUUUCAACUUUUAACGGUGCCGCGGUUUCGAUAAUUCAACAAUAGAUUUACAUUUUAUUAGCAACCCGCACGGGGCCACGGCCACGGACACGGGCGGGCGGACAGACGGACGAGGAAAAAAAGGUGUAGACUCGAAUCGACGAUUCGGUGAUAACGUGUAAUAAGGUAGUCGUUUCGUCCUGAUAAGAGUCCAAGAUGCAAUUUCGUGGGAUACGCUUCCGAAGCACGCGAUGUCGCGCGACACGGACUUGGUGUCUUCACUGUCUUCAGUCGCUUCAGUCUUCUCUCGACUUUUCGCCCUUGACGAUCGCUGCAAGCCAGUGCAGGCUGCACUGCUGCAGCGGCCACAGCACAGGAGAUUCGUGUGGCAAUUUAAAUGAGCACUCAGAGCAUUCGCGUGCUUCCGUCGGGUCGGGAUUACCUCUUGAUUGACACGCUGUAAUUGUGUUUCUCUCACCGCGCGUGCUUCCCGGCUCCCCUCCAUUUAAUUGUAAAUCGCAUAUUUAGCGCGGUAUUCGUGCACUUCAGUACUUGAGUUGGUCCUCGGUGUGCGACGUAAUAACAAAAUAAUAGCAAUGUCGACAUUGUCGACUAAUGAUCCGUCGGACGUGCCCGUGCCCGUGCCCGUGUCAACGUCAGCGUCUGACAAGUCUCUCGACGAUGUCGAUGUCGAGAUUCCCGUUGAUUCCGAGGCUCGCAAAACUAGUAUAUUCACGCUCUACGCAAAGAUAUUUCGACUUCUUCUUACGGCGCAGAUACCGAAUUUUAGUCUUCUCAGCGAUGAGCUACGUAACAGAGAACUCGAGAAAUUGAUAUUGCCAAGCGAUGAAGAAUGGCGUCACCGAGUUUAUCACAGUCUCGUCGAGUUGCAAAGAGAAAGGGACUCUGAAAUAACCGAGGACAGAAGGAUGGAAACUCCGCGCAAGACGUCGACGUCGCAAGAUUGGGAUUGGCGUCCCAGAGAAAAGGGGCAUCUCCCGAAAGGUAGAAGAGACGAGAGCCAUCAGGAUAUCGACGGUUCCUUGGCUAUAUCGGGAACUGGUGCGGGCGGCUCGAUGACGGAGGCUCGCGUCGAACCAGGCUGGCGUAUCAACGAUCUCCUCUUGGCGGCCAAAGUUUUGCAAAAUACACGACCUUCGCCGAAUUAUGCCAACGAGGCCGAGAUGAGACGCGUCUUUGGUUUAGUAUACGACGUUCUGAGAUAUAAAAACAUUUUGAAUCGUACUCUCGAGGACGGUGGUUUUUGGUACCGAAACGGUGCUCUGAAACAACGAGAACGGGUAGUCUGGUUGUUACUGUACGAUAUGCAGGGAAGAAAAUUUACCCGGCGCGGCCGACGUGAUGAGAGCGCGAUCGAAACUCGAAACAAGAUAUUCGAGACUUUCGGAUUAAAAGACAUCGAGGAUGCUCUUUUGAAAGCAAAGACGCAUUUGGCAGCGAGCAUCUCGCGUCUUCGUAUCGACGGUUCUGCACUCAACCUUGACGAACUUCUUCCGACGCACCUGCGUAUCGCGGAAGGAAUAAGUUGGGCCGACAAAGGCGCGAUUGCUUCCGGAUGGAUUAACACCAUGAGAGUAUUCAGUAAAAACGAAUUCGUUGAGGACAUGUCGAAGCUAAAACUCGAGCUUUGCGACGAUAUCGAAGCGGCGGCGGCGGAGCUCCACGAGAACAAAUAUGUCUUCGAUCCAAUUUGCCCAAAAAUGAUUAAUUUGCACGAUAAGGCGCGAGAGAAACUCGCCGUGUCCGAUUUGGUUCGCGACCACCGAUUCAUAUUUCUGGAAAGAUCUUUGUGCCUCGGAGCGGCUACGUUGGCGCAGGCGAUACGUGUCGCGCGUCUUUGUGGUCCCGUGAUUCUCACGCAUUCGAUCGCCCCUCGUCACACGGGCUACUUGGCGGGUCUCUUGGCUGACAUCGAAGAUGCUGGGAGACUCUUAGCUUUCGGUGCUGGAGAUGAUCGUUGCGAACACGAAGCAUACCUCACAACCUUAGGCUUCACUCUGCAGCAAUGUAGAAUAUUUUCAGAAAAAUAUAUUUCGCCACCACCGUCCGUCGAAUUGGAAAGAGCGACUGUCGUUCUAGCGACUCCCCCGUGCAGCUAUACCGGCGUCCGGGACGUCGUCGAUCUUGCUGUUGCUCGCGGUGGCGACACUAAUUUAUUAGAAUCGUUAACUAGCGAUACAGCGGGUGGGAUCAAGCAGCCCCGCGCUCUUUUGGCCGAACAAUUUUCCACGCUCAAAUACGCACUAACCAGACCAAAUAUACAGUUUCUAAUAUACGAAGUGCAUACGAUCUUGCCGUCCGAAACUACGGAAAUGAUUCGACAGGUUGUGGAAUAUGCCAAUCAAUUAGCCACGGAGAAAUACAUUCGCGAGCAUCCCCCGAAGAGAAAGACUCUAUCCAAAGAUACUAGCGGAAAGACUUCAAAGAUAAUCAAAACCGAUACGUGUAGGCAAGAACAAUCGCGGGAAUAUUGGGAGGACCAAUCGCAGACGCAACACGAACAAAUGUUUUCGUGCAAGCAGGAGGACGAGGAAGAUGAAAAGUUGUUAGAUACUACUGAUGUUGUUAUCCCCGAUAGCGAUUUGUUCGAAGUGGGAACUAUCGAUGAAAUUUAUGGCGAGAAUAACGAACAUACGUUAGAUCCAGGCUGUUUCAUCGCUGUAAUCAAACGAAAGGAAAUGAUGCAGUUUGAUUCGCUUUUCAUGAUCAAAGUGGCAGAAUCGAAAGGACUGUUUGGUGAUCCUAAUAAGAAGCGAAAUCCAAAGCAAAAAACUGAAAUACCGCCAGCAGCGGCACCGCAGACGUCGCGAAUCAGUCGCAGAUGUUUCAAGCGUGUCAAAGUCGAAAUAGAUCGCGUAGCAGCGCCUACGCAUGCUUGGAUAUUGCGAGCUACGAAUAAGCAUCAGUUAUGUCCUCGUCACAGCCGACGCAUCGUUCGAGAUGAAAAGUUACUAUCGAUGCAAGUACGUGAAACGCGAAAGCGAGAUGCGCGCCGAUGGUGGCGGGAUGCAAUCGCCUUCCUGAUCGAUUCGGAUAGACACCGAGACACUCGGAAGGAUUCCGCUUUCCUGCAGUUUUAUGCGACGCGUUCGGAUCCGUUUACGCAAAAACCGCUAUAUCCUUCUCGCGCGAAGAAGAUGACGUUGUCGAACGGCUGUCGCCGUUCUCGACAGGAGAAUUUGGCAGUCAACUCCAUCUAAAAUUCCAUCUAAUUAUAUAUA